AUGGAGGAGGUCAGAGAUGGAGGAGGUCAGAGAUGGAGGAGGUCAGUGAUGGAGGAGGUCACUGAUGGAGGAGGUCAGAGAUGGAGGAGGUCAGAGAUGGAGGAGGUCAGUGAAGGAGGAGGUCAGAGAUGGAGGAGGUCAGUGAUGGAGGAGGUCACUGAUGGAGGAGGUCAGAGAUGGAGGAGGUCAGUGAUGGAGGAGGUCACUGAUGGAGGAGGUCAGAGAUGGAGGAGGUCAGAGAUGGAGGAGGUCAGUGAAGGAGGAGGUCAGAGAUGGAGGAGGUCAGUGAUGGAGGAGGUCACUGAUGGAGGAGGUCAGAGAUGGAGGAGGUCAGAGAUGGAGGAGGUCAGAGAUGGAGGAGGUCAGUGA